AUUGGGUCAGCAUAGGUACCCAAAGGGUGCUUCACUAGCAAGGCUUAUAGAGAAAAAGAAAAAAAAAACUUCUGUUGUUCAACAACUGGGAACAUAAUUUGGAAGCUAUUUUUUAAACCGUCUGUUAUAGAGAAAUCCUUAUAGAAAAAAAAGCUUAAAACCAUUGAGACAAUAUAUAGCUAAAGGCUGAAAAGCCCCGUCAAGAAGAAGAAAAAAAGAAACAGCUGUGAACACAUCUGACAUUGGUACAAGUUCUGUAUCUCUGGGCUUGAGCUGUCAGUCUUGUAUAAUGGAGUUAUCAGACAGCACUUUCUCAUUCAGUACUGCUGAUGAUUUUUAUGAUGAUCCCUGCUUCAACACCAGUGACAUGCACUUUUUUGAGGAUCUGGACCCAAGGCUAGUGCACGUGGGCUUGCUGAAGCCGGAUGACCAUCACCAUCACAACGAAGAUGAGCACGUUCGGGCUCCUAGCGGCCACCACCAGGCAGGCAGGUGCUUGCUGUGGGCGUGCAAAGCCUGCAAACGAAAGACCACCAAUGCUGACCGGAGGAAGGCUGCUACGAUGAGGGAAAGGAGACGACUGAGCAAAGUCAACGAUGCCUUCGAGUCACUGAAAAGGUGCACCUCUACAAACCCCAAUCAGAGACUGCCCAAAGUGGAGAUCCUGAGAAACGCCAUCAGUUACAUAGAGUCUCUGCAAACCCUGCUCAGGGGACAGGAUGACAACUACUUUCCAGUCCUGGAGCACUACAACGGGGACUCUGACGCUUCCAGCCCUCGAUCCAACUGCUCUGAUGGAAUGAUGGAUUUCAGUGGCCCUCCUUGCAACACCAGAAGAAGAAACAAUUACGACAGCGCCUACUUCACAGAAACGCCAAAUGAUUCUAAAAAUAAUAAGAAUGCGGUCAUUUCCAGCUUGGAUUGCCUAUCCAGUAUAGUGGAAAGGAUUUCGACAGAUACCGCGGCAUGCGCGGUGUUGCCUGUCCCAGAGAACAGAGCUGAGGGCAGCCCCUCCCCCCCACAGGAAGGAUCUAUCUUGAAAGAGGCCACUAUCACGUCUCCGACCAACUGUACCCAGCUCCCCCUAGACGCCAACCCCAUCUACCAGGUGUUAUAAAAGCAUCGUAAUCAAUGACGAAUGACCGUCGAACAAACUACUACAUUCUUCGAAUCAAAGAAUAUUCCUUUAAAGACUGGAAAGGUUUGCUGUAUUUUGCUGUAUAACCUGCUGAACUGGGGAUGGCCGAGUUUUCCAACAAGAACAGUUCUCAGAUCUCUCAAAGGCGAAGUAUCCCACGAAUUUCUGAAACGUAUCCUAUUACUGAAACAAACCGAAUCGAAAAUAAGUCAACGUUUAUCACUUUCAAAUCGGUUGGGUUAUUUUGACAAUGCUGACAAAUUAGACAUUGAUGUUUCUGUAAGAAAUACCUUACAUUAUCCAGGAUAUCGGUUUUUUUAUUGUAAAAACCAUGUAUUAUUUAUAAAAAUGAUAUUAAUCUUUUU